AUGAACUAAAUUUAAUAAGGAGAUGUUAUUGAUAAUCAAUAUGAAUUAAUAAAAAAAAUAUCAUAAGGUUCAUUUGGAAUAGUUUAUGUUGGAAAAUGUAUGAAGACAAACAAAAAUGUCGCAAUAAAGAUAGAAAAACAAGAAAUGGCAAGUUAUAGUAGUCUAAAUAGAGAAGUAAAAUAAUUUGUGAAAUUAGAUUGAAAUAUUGAAAUUACUGUAAGGAGUUUCAUAGAUUCCUGAAUUGUAUUGGUAUGGUCAAUUCAACAAAUGCAACGUCAUGAUAACCAAUUUGCUAGGGCAUGACCUAAUAUAUUUUUAAAAACAAUAUUAGAAGUUCUCAACAUAAUGUAUUUACAACAUUGCCUUUUAAAUGCUGUGGAUUUUGGAACAAAUACAUUAAAGGUGAUUAAAUUAAUUAAUUUUUAGAAAUAUAAUACAUAGAGAUUUGAAACCAGAAAAUAUUUUAAGUAAAACUGAUAGUGAUAAGAUCUAUCUUAUCGAUUAUGGAAUAUCUAGAAAUAUCAAUUUAAAAGUAAAUUAGAAAAAGAAAUUUUCCUUUAUUGGCACUAGUAGAUAUGCAAGUUUAGCUGCUCAUUAAGGAAUUGAAUAAUCUGCAAAGGAUGAUUUAGAAUCAUUAGGCUAUAUAUUAAUAUAUUUAAUGAAAUAGAGUUUGCCUUGGAUGAAUAUUGAAAAAAAUGAUAUAUAAAGAUUGGAAAAAAUAGGAAAAUUAAAAUCAGAAACUACAAUUGAAGAAUUAUGUUCAGAAUGUCCAAAUUCUAUAUUAAAGUAAUUCUCAAUUAAAAAAUCUUAGGUAUAUGAAAUAUGUAAAAUUAUUGUCUUAAUAAUAAAAGCCAUAAUAUGCAAUGUUGAGAGGAUUGUUUCUAACAAAAUUACAUAACUUUCCAGAUUAAGGACUUGAUUGGACUAAUUAAAAAAGCAAAUCCCAUAAGUAGAAAAGCAAUAAAAGAUCAAAAAGCAAUUAAAAUUCAAAAUAUAAAAGUUGUUGUACAAUUAGAAGGUAAUUUAAAUAAUAAUAUAAAUUUUAGAGGAUUUUUGGGUGAAAAUUUAGUUCCUUAAAAUUUAAAAACCUUUUGUGCUUAGGAUGAAUUAGUAGGAUCUUCAGAUCUUGGAAGUAGUGCAAUGCAAUUUAGUGCAAUUACUAAUUAAGGAAGUGUCUUUAGUAUAGGAGUUGGAUACUCUAUUAGUGAUAUGCAUGAAGACAAAAAAAUACAGCAACAUAAUAAUUAAAUAGCUAGGAUUUCUACUUUUGAAGGUAUCAUUGAACAUGAUCCAGGAAUGACUUUAAAAGCUGAAUAAUAAUUAAUGGAAAGAGAAAAUCAAGAUCUAGAAGUAAAAUAUAAUUUACUACAUUUCAAAUCAGUUUACUUUAACUUCAAGAAUCCAAUAUAAUAAUAGAGUUUAAGAUCAAAUUAUAUUAGGAAAUGA